AUAAUUAUUAAUAAUUUAAUGUAUUUUAAGUUAAGAUUUUUGAGAUUAGUUUUAUUGAUUUUAAUAGUAUUAAUGGGAGUGGCUUAUUUAACGUUAUUGGAGCGAAAGGUUUUAGGAUAUAUUCAGAGUCGAAAAGGGCCCAAUAAAGUUGGGUUAGUGGGAAUUUUUCAGCCGUUUAGUGAUGCUAUUAAGUUAGUUACAAAAGAGGUUUUCUUUGUUUUUAAAUCAAAUUAUAAUUUAUAUUAUAUUACUCCUAUUGUUAUAUUUAUAAUAAUAAUAAUAAUGUGAGUUUUGUAUCCGUUUAUUACUAAUAUUUAUUUUUUAAAUUAUUCAUUAUUAUUAAUAAUUAUUUUCUUAUCUGUGAUAGGUUAUGUGGUAGUAUAUUUGGGAUGGUCUGCAAAUUCCAUGUAUUCAAUAAUAGGGUCUAUUCGUUCAGUAUCUCAAAUGUUGUCGUAUGAGGUGAGGUUUAUUCUUAUUAUUUUAAUUUUAAUAAUUUUGAGGGAGAGUUAUUCUUUUAAUAGUUUUGUUUAUUUUCAAUAUUAUCUUUGGUAUAUUGUUUAUUUAUAUCCAUUGUUUUUAGUUUUUUUUAUUAGGAUUUUGGCAGAAUUAAAUCGAAGUCCCAUAGAUUUUAUUGAAGGGGAAUCAGAGCUAGUCUCUGGAUUUAAUGUGGAGUAUUUUAGGGGCGGAUUUGUAUUAAUUUUUCUGAGGGAAUAUGGGAUGAUCUUAUUCUUUAGUAUAAUUAUAGUUUUAAUAUUUAUAAAUGUUAGUUUUAAUAUUUAUUUUAUGGCAUUAUGAGUAAAUUUUAUAUGUUUGUUGAUUAUCAUGAUACGAGGACUAUUGCCUCGGAUGCGGUAUGAUGAAUUAAUGUAUUUAUGUUGAAAGAUUGUUUUACCUGUAGUUUUAAUGUAUAUGUGUUUUAUUUUAGGGUUUAAGUACUUAUUGGUAGCUAUUUUAUUAUAAUAAAUUUAAUGUUAGGUGUGUAUAGAGAGAAGACGGGGAGGUUAAUAUAAGAAUAAAA